AUGAUCUCCUCGCGGGCUCCGCCCACCUCGGCGCGAGCAGCCUCUCGAGCAGUCCGGUGGCGUCUCUGGCCCGACGUAGCGACUCCUCCUCCCCGUCAGUUCCGCCCUCCGCACUUCAUCUGCAGCCUGUGUUUGAGGAAGACAUGGCUAAGUUAUUUCCGUGCAGCUAUCAUGGGUCCACCAGUCGGAAAAGGAACGAUAUCCAAGAGGAUUGCGCAAAGCUUUGGCCUGCAAUAUCUGUAUGGCCACUUCCUACGAGAGAGCAUAGCGGCAAAUACAGAGGCAGGUGUGAUGGUGGGGACCUAUGUAGAGAGAAGCUUGCUUGUACCUGACCAUGUGAUGACCAAACUUUUGCUGCCCAGACUGCAACAGAUGGUCGGCCACAGCUGGCUGCUGGACGGUUUCCCUCGGACUCUAGCACAGGCCCAAGCCCUGAACAAUUUGUGUCAGUUGGACUUGGUCAUCAGCCUCAACAUCCCCUAUGAGACGCAGGAGAGACUUAGCGACCGCUGGAUCCACCCAGCCAGUGGUCGAGUAUACAACAUGGGCUUUAACCCACCACGAGCGAAGGGUAAGGAUGACAUCACUGGGGAGCCACUGAUUCAGCACGACGAUGACAAGCCAGAAGCUCUGAUGGCCAGACUGAGACACUACAAAGAUGUCGCCAAACCUGUCAUAGACUUAUACAAGUCACAGGGAAUCCUGCACUCGUUUUCCGGUACAGAGACCGACCGAAUUUGGCCUUAUAUCAACUCCCUCCUCAGCGCCAAGAUGGACGCACAGCCUUCAGAUGCCUUCCAACCCCAGACACCCUGACACUUCUCUGAAUGUACCACAGGGAAACAUCAUGAAGCAGCCAUAAGAAGUGGGGUAAUGUUUUCACAUGCUGGCCUCAGCUUGCCCUUGUAGUGAGGUUUAGAGGUACAGAUAAGGACACUGAUCAAACUAUAGUUGUUCAACAUAUUUCAAUCACCGGUUUGGUUUUCAGAUGAAUGGUUGUAUGCAGAUAUUUCUAGAGCUUUAUUGAUUUUGUUGAUUUCUAUAUUAUCAUUGUGAAAUGUUCAGGUCCUUCAAGGCCAUAGCAAAACUGAUCAUUUUUGUAAAUCAUAAUGUUACACAAGCACUCACCAUCAAGCAAGUCUUUUUGCUUUUGUUAUCUGCACUUAUUCCAUUUUUUAAAUUUAAAUCAUAGCACAUUGAGGGCAGCUGUGGUUAAAAACAAAACAAAAACAAAAUAGAGAAGGAAGGAUUGUCUUUAUUGUAGUUCUUCAGUAUCAGUAUUUUAUCACCAACAACAGAGGUUAAGGUAAAAAAUGAAUCCAAAAAUAAAAAAAUUAAGUGUCUCACUCCAACGUGAAGUAUUUGAUAUAAAACUCAAUGUACUUAUUAUGAAAAUCAAACUCUAAUAUAAGCAAUAUAUAAAAGUACUUGAAAAGUCUUACCUUUACAGUUAAAAAUUAGAUUUCAAUGAAAAAGAACAACAAAACAAAACCAAACAGUAUCACGUAGUUGCCUGUAUGAAUAUACUUUAUAUAAUUGUAGAAUGAAACCUUGCGAUUAGCCUUAAGUGUGAAUAACUGAGGAGUUCAUGUGUUUAUCUAGCACUCUCACCACAGCUGUAACUGACAGACUCCAUGAGGUCAAUGCUGACAUUAUGCAUUGUCUUGUAUCUACAGUCAAAGUCCAUCCCAGUCAGGCAUUAAUUAGGUCAGUUAUUUCUAAAACAAAAUUGGUGUGCAAACCUGAAUGUUGUGCAAUAUAUUGUAUAUAACGGCUACAGGUCAGCUGUUACAUUUGCAGUGAACCUGCAGAAUAUUCAUUUGUUUGGCUUGAUCAGCUCAGAAUAUAUCCAUCAAUAACGUACACAGUGUUCACUGUGUAAACCGCUAUUCUUUACUCUUGUAUUGAAAUGCUGCAGAAUAUUAUGCAAUCUGCAGCUGAUAACAUGCAGGACAAUCUUUUGGGCUGAUGCUGGACAAAAAUGAAAAAGCCCUCACGGUCACUCUACAGCACACUCUGUCAGUGGGAUGAAGUCUUAUGCAGAGAAUAUCGAGUGGCUUUAAUGCUGUUACAUUCCCUUAAAAUUCUAAAAUUGCAGAGAGAUUUUGAUCAUUAAGAUGUUGUAGAUUGUUGUUUAUGAAAUGGUUUGCAGUGUUUGUUCAACUUUGAUACUGCUGGUUCUAACCGUAUAAGUAAUAUGUUGCUUUUACAAUUCAGAAGCAUGACAGGGUCAAAUAUGUAAAGGUCUUUUUUUUUCAUUUUUUUUGUUUCAGUGUGAACAACUUGUAAAAUGUUAGCUUUAUAGAUUUUUUUUAAAUGUUUUUUUUUUAAGUGAUUGGUAAAGUUUGCCAUCAUUUCUCAGUCUACAGAAUAACAUGACAUAUUUUCACACAAUGGCACAACAGUUUCUCUUACCAAUAACUUAUGCACACUAGUGACUAACCAGUGCAAUAAAGAUCAACAAAUACUUUAAUAGCUCUGUUUAUGCUAGCUCUGCAGUUUUCAAACUUUAUAGUUAAAUGUUAUCAUCUGAUUUUAUUGUGGAGCCUAGAAAUAGCAAUGCACACUAAUUCAGGAACUGGCUGUAAGUAACACAUCACAUGCAUUAAAAAAAAAUUAAAGAAACAAAAAAAUCCAAACAUUUCUGUUAUUUGGUCAAAACAGCCUUGUAACAAUGUUUUUUGUGGUGUUUUUUUAAAUGUAUGAUGUGAAGAUGAAAGGUGUUGUAUGUUGAACAGAUUGAAGGCCUUUGAGACAAUAAAAGACCAAAGAUGCAAAAAGAGACACUUUUACACUAGAGGAUGAGAUUAUUUAACAAGGUGGAGAUGAGAGGGAUCUGUAGGAGGAUUUAAGAUUUGAUUUAAACUUUGGUUUUAAGUAAGUGGAGCACAUCUUUCCAGUCUGUGUUGCUGAAUGAAAGGGUGUGGUGUAAAAUUGUUAUGUUGCGUGUGACCGCACCCCCACUGCUGUUGUGUAACACCAGGAUUGUAUUGGUUUUUUUUCUCCCCUAUUUUAAAACCUGCACUGUCCAAACAUGUUACAUUCUGAAAACAAUAAAGCUAUUUUCUCAA